AACCGCCCUCCCUCCCCCUCGCAUCCGCAGCAGGGACUGGCCAAUAAACGAGAGAAAACACGUAAGCAUCGACGCGGGCUCGGCGCAGGCGGACGAUGCUCAGUGUGAAGCAGUAUCAUUGCUCAGCACUGCUCACGCUGCUCACUUCUUCCCAAGCCACCGAGUGCAACCCGGGCCUCUCCACAGCACGGACCCCGGCUCUAAUUCACAGUGCGGACGCAUUUGAGGUGAGGUGGGAGGGGGGGGCCUAAUUUGGAAGGUCAGACACUGAAGUAGGAAGGUCAUCGGCGCAAAAGCAAGAUGUUGGAUCCGUCGUCCAGCGAGGAGGAGUCUGACGGGAUAGUGGAGGAAGAGAGCAAGGAAGUGAUGGCCCCCCAGGCCGGAUCCCGCAUCUCCCCGAGCAGGACAAGUGAGAGCUCGGGCGGGCUGGCUCCUAGCAGCGGCCGCAGCAGCGCCCGGCCGACCAGCCCGAGCCCGUCGGCCGCCAGCGAGGAGAAGGACGAUCUGGAGAAGCUGCAGCGGGAGGAAGAGGAGCGCAAAAAGAAGCUGCAGCUCUAUGUGUUUGUCAUGCGAUGCAUCGCCUAUCCGUUCAACGCCAAGCAGCCCACAGAUAUGGCGAGGCGACAACAGAAGAUAACAAAGCAGCAGCUUCAGCAGACCAAGGAUCGCUUCCAGGCCUUCCUGAACGGAGACACGCAAAUUGUGGCAGAUGAAGCCUUCAUCAACGCUGUGCAGAGCUACUACGAGGUGUUCUUAAAGAGCGACCGUGUGGCUAAAAUGGUCCAGAGUGGUGGCUUCUCAGCAAGCGACUUCAGGGAAGUUUUCAAGCGGCACAUUGAGAAGCGCGUACGCAGCCUCCCGGAGAUUGACGGCCUGAGCAAGGAGACGGUGCUAAGCUCCUGGAUGGCCAAGUUUGACACCAUCUACCGCGGCGACGAGGAUCCGCGCAAGGCUCAGCAGCGCAUGACGGCCAGCGCUGCCUCGGAGCUCAUUCUGAGCAAGGACCAGCUCUAUGAGAUGUUCCAGAAUAUCCUGGGCAUCAAAAAGUUUGAACACCAACUGCUUUACCAAGCCUGUCAGCUGGACAACUUGGACGAGCAGGCUGCACAGAUCAGAAGAGAGUUGGAUGGUCGUCUUCAGAUGGCUGACCAGAUUGCACGGGGAGGCAGGUUCCCCAAGUUUGUGUCGAAGGACAUGGAGGCGAUGUAUAUUGAGGAGCUCAAGUCUUCAGUGAAUCAGCUAAUGGCCAAUCUGGAGAGCAUGCCCGUGUCUAAGGGUGGAGAGUUCAAGCUCCAGAAACUGAAGCGAGGGCACAACACCUCCAUCAUUGACAUGGGCCAGGAGGAUGAAAACACGCUGUCAAAAUCUGAUGUGGUUUUGUCCUUCACUUUGGAGGUGGUGAUCAUGGAGGUGCAGGGCCUGAAGUCUCUGGCUCCUAACAGGAUUGUCUACUGCACCAUGGAAGUGGAGGGAGGAGAAAAGCUCCAGACUGACCAAGCAGAAGCAUCCAAGCCAACCUGGGGGACCCAAGGGGACUUCACCACCACACACCCUCUGCCUGCUGUCAAGGUGAAACUGUUCACUGAGAGCACUGGAGUGCUGGCACUGGAGGACAAAGAGCUGGGAAGGGUUGUCCUACAUCCGACUCCCAACAGCCCCAAGCAGUCUGAGCUCCAUAAAAUGACCUUGACCAAGGCUUGUCCCGACCAAGAUCUCAGGAUCAAACUGGCCAUUCGCAUGGACAAACCUCAAAACAUGAAGCAUUGCGGGUAUCUAUGGGCUUUUGGGAAGAAUGUCUGGAAGCGCUGGAAGAAGCGUUUCUUUGUCCUCGUGCAGGUGAGUCAGUACACAUUCGCCAUGUGCAGCUACAGAGAGAAGAAGUCAGAACCACAAGAGCUUCUCCAGCUAGAUGGUUACACUGUGGACUACAGUGACCCACAGCCAGGCUUGGAUGGCGGAAGGGCUUUCUUCAACGCGGUGAAGGAGGGCGACACCGUGAUCUUCGCCAGUGAUGACGAGCAGGACCGCAUCCUAUGGGUCCAAGCCAUGUAUCGUGCCACCGGCCAGUCCCACAAGCCCGUCCCACCUACUCAGGUCCAGAAACUUAACUCCAAAGGGGGGGCCUCAGCCCAAAUGGACGCUCCCAUCUCUCAGUUCUAUGCUGACAGAGCUCAGAAACACGGCAUGGAUGAGUUUAUCUCGGCUAACCCCUGUAGCUUUGACCACGCCUCGCUUUUUGAGAUGGUGCAGCGGCUCACCUUGGACCACAGGCUCAACGACACCUUCUGCUGUUUGGGAUGGUUCAGCCCGGGUCAGGUGUUCGUUUUGGAUGAAUACUGUGCCAGGAAUGGGGUCCGAGGUUGCCACAGGCAUCUGUGUUACCUGCGCGAUCUGCUGGAAAGGGCGGAGAGUGGCGCUAUUAUUGACCCCACUCUUCUGCACUACAGCUUUGCAUUUUGUGCCUCCCACGUGCACGGGAACAGGCCAGAUGGGCUGAGCACCGUCAAAGUGGACGAGAAGGAGAGAUUUGAAGAUAUCAAAGAACGAUUGCGGGUGAUAUUGGAAAACCAGAUUGUAAAUUUCAGAUAUUGUUUCCCCUUUGGCCGUCCAGAAGGCGCACUGAAGGCCACUUUAUCUUUGUUAGAGAGGGUCCUGAUGAAAGACAUUGUGACACCAGUCCCUCCAGACGAAGUUAAAGGAGUAAUCCGCAGAUGUUUGGAACAGGCUGCUAAUCUCAACUACCAACGCAUUAAAGACUAUGCUAAAAUUGAAGGGAAAAAGAGGGAAAUGUUUGAGCACCCUGUCUUCUGCUUGGCGUCUCAAGUGAUGGAUUUAACCAUCCUUGAGAAAGGUCAAAAGGAUCAGAAGGAUCCAGAGAAUGUAGGCCGCUUAGUCACACCGGCCAAAAAACUGGAGGAAACCAUUCGCCUGGCAGAAUUAGUCAUUGAGGUCCUUCAGCAGAACCAGGAGCAUCACGCCGAGGCGGCAGUCACAAGUUCUGCAGAUCAAUCGGCGUUUGCAUGGUGGACUGACCUCAUGGUGGAGCACGCUGAAAAUUUCCUGGCCCUCUAUGCCAUUGACAUGGAUGCCGCUCUGGAGAUCCAGUCGCCCGAGAGCUGGGACAGUUUCCCGCUCUUCCAGCUUCUGAACGAUUUCCUUCGAACAGACUAUCAUCUUUGCAAUGGAAAAUUCCACAAGCACCUUCAGGAUCUGUAUGCUCCUCUAGUGGUUAGAUAUGUGGAUCUGAUGGAGUCAUCCAUCGCACAGUCAAUUCACAAGGGCUUUGAGCGGGAGUCCUGGGAACCUGUAAAGAGUUUAACAAGUAAUCUGCCCAAUGUGAAUCUACCAAAUGUCAACCUCCAAAUUCCCAAAGUACCAAAUCUGCCAGGUCCAGUAGCGGGACUGUCAGUUAACCUUCCACAAAUGCCUAGCUUUUCAACCCCAUCGUGGAUGGCUGCUAUAUAUGACUCUGACAAUGGCUCCGGGACAUCUGAAGACCUGUUCUGGAAGCUGGAUGCCCUCCAAACCUUCAUCCGGGACCUCCAUUGGCCAGAGGAAGAGUUUGCCAAACAUCUUGAGAGUCGCAUCAAGCUCAUGUCAAGCAACAUGAUCGAGAACUGCGUCAAGCGCACCAGGAUGGCCUUCGAGUCUAAACUGGCAAAGAGCAGCAAGUCAACAGAUUUCCGUAUUUCUCCAACAUUAUGCACCAUGUUUAAUGUGAUGGUAGAUGCAAAAGACCAGUCGGCCAAACUGUGCGCAAUGGAGAUGGGCCAGGAAGUCACCAAGGAAAAGAAUAAAAAACAGUUCCACUCGCAAAUAGAUGAACUCAUUGAGGAAAGUGUGCGAGAUAUGAUUCAGCUCCUGGUUGCAAAGUUUGUUGCCAUUCUUGAAGGAGUGUUGGCAAAGAUAUCCAGAUAUGACGAAGGCACACUGUUCUCCUCUUUUCUCUCAUUCACGGUGAAAGCUGCCUCCAAGUAUGUAGACGUACCUAAACCCGGCAUGGACGUGGCCGACGGCUACGUGACCUUUGUCCGCCACUCUCAGGACAUGCUGCGUGAUAAGGUCAAUGAGGAGGUGUAUAUAGAAAGGUUAUUUGAUCAAUGGUACACUGCCACCAUGAACUUGCUGGGCACCUGGCUCACCGAGCGUAUGGACCAGCAGCUGCACGUCUACCAGCUCAAGAUCCUCAUCAGGAUCACCAAGAAAAAGUAUCGUGACUUCCGGCUGCAGGGCGUCCUGGACUCGACUCUGAACAGCAAGAUGUACGACACGGUGCGCAACAGGUUGACCUUGGAGGAGGCCACGGCGUCAGUGCGAGAAGGAGGCAUGCAGGGCAUCUCCAUGAAGGACAGUGACGAAGAAGAUGAGGAGGACGACUAAAGCCCACGCACCCACCCCCCGUCCCUCUUAAUCACACUUUUGACUUUAGCCUGGUUAACCGAUGCAUGUA